AAACGCAUUUUUUGCAAAACUAGACAACUUUAAAAUGGAUCGUCUUUUUUGAUAUACUUAACCAAUGUAUACCGAAUGUUCGUAAAGAUGCGACGCUCAACUAUAUAUUCAAAGUCAAUUUGACAACUAUAACCAUAGACUAUAACCUAUUCAAAUACUUGCCACAAUAUGUUGUAAAUUGUGACACUAUUUAAAAAAAUAUUACUAUAUUCUCUUUUUAUUAUAAGAUUGUUAUGCACUUCCGUGGCUGUAUCCAGCUCUAAAUAGGUUGUCAAUUUUCCCAUGUAAAAGUUUGUUGAAACAACAAUCUCCAUUGUUUUUUUGUUGUCCAGUUCCAUAAACUCUAAAAUGGAAAAUUCCCUUUCAAAUUUCGAAUUGACCGACAGCGCGUUACUGGCUAAUUCCGAAAAUGGAUCUGAUAAAAGUGAUGGGAUAGAAAUUCUGGGAUACGGCGAUGUAGAGCCGAGCUCCAGCAAUAAAUCGGUAGAUGGUUUCGAACUUCCAGAUACAGUCACUCUUUUGACUCAUCCUGAGACUGGGGCGAAUGUCUAUCUUGUAGGGACGGCCCAUUUUAGUAAGGAGUCCCAAGAGGAUGUCAAGAAAGUCAUAAGACAUGUCCAGCCUCAGGUCAUUAUAGUGGAAUUGUGCCCCUCUAGAACAAGCAUGUUAGCUCUAGAUGAGAAAACUGUACUAGAAGAGGCCAAGACAAUAGACAUGGCAAGAAUUAUAUCAACAAUCAGAUCGAAUGGGGCUUUAAAUGGGGCCAUGUACCUUCUUUUGCUCAAUAUGAGUGCGCACAUUACGAAGGAAAUUGGGAUGGCUCCUGGAGGUGAAUUUCGAGUGGCGUACCAAGAGGCACUAAACAUUCCGUUUUGUUCUGUCCAUCUGGGCGAUAGGCCCAUCGGAAUUACCAUCAGAAGAGCGUUGGCAAAGCUUACAUGGUUUCAAACUAUAAAACUGGCAUGGCAUUUAUUGACUACCAAUGAUCCUAUUAGUACGGAGGAAAUCGAGAGAUGCAAAAAUCGCGAUAUGCUGGAGCAGCUCUUGGCAGAACUAGCCGGAGAUUAUCCCGCAUUCAGGGAAGUUUUCCUAGAUGAAAGAGAUAUUUAUUUAACAAAUACCCUUCAAAUUGCUGCUGCGUUGAAGCCCGCAGACAGGGCAGGUCACGACCCAGAUGUGCCGUUGAAUAUUGUGGCAGUUAUUGGAAUUGGACACAGUCCCGGCAUCAUCAAAUUAUGGCCUGUAGAACAGAAGCAAUUCAUUGCAGAAAUUAUGAAAAUCCCGCCCCGGUCUUUAUCAUCGAAAAUUGUGGCUUUGUCGUUCAAGUUAUCGCUCAUAGGAUUAGGCGGCUACCUUAUUUACAAGUACGUGCCGGUACCUAAAGUAGCUAAGAGUCACUUACAUUUGUUUAUUGAAAAAGUUGCUCCCAAAUUGCAAACUUUUGUUUAGUACCUAGAUUUGCCAAAUGCUAAAAGUUUUACUAUUACCGUACCAAGUGAGGCUACAUUUUCUUUCCAGGAAAGCAGUAUACUGACAAAUCAUAAAUAUAUUUUUGUAUUCAUGUAUUUAAAGAAAUACUGCUAGUGCCGAACUUUGCUUUAUCUAUUUUAUUAGGACGGAAAAAAUAAUUAGUUUUACGCAUUCUUAUCUACACAUUUUGUUUUAUUAUGCUGUUUAUUUAUACUUUUAUUGUAUGUUUAUGUGCAUUUGUGAAAAUGCGACCACUUGUUUAACGCGUGACAUUCCUCGUUCUAUUAGGUUUAUUUGGGAGCUGGUGUUAUUUGAUAUAGCUUUUAUAUUUUUUCAAUCAUGAAACGGAUUCUGGUUUUUUUGUUGCAGCUUCUGAGAUUAUAUUUGUUACCGUAGAAGAA